CGGCGACAUCAUUCUGCAAAUGCACAUGCUUUAGCAACAGCACCAUCAUCCCGUUGACAGAUCUACCUGGUGAAAGCAAGGCCAAANAAGCAACUUGCAACGAUUGCAAUCGACAAUUCUGUCUUUCAUAUAAUCUGCCUAUAUGCAAGGAUGCCAAGGAUGCCGAUGUCUUUACUACUUGCUUCCAAAGAGACUCGACCAAAGAUCAGAUGAUUGUCUAUACUUUCAUUCUUGUCACUUGUGGGUUGCUGAUCUGGGCUGCCGUAAAACCAUAUGCCGAGACCUAUCUUGAGAAAUUCCGAAAUCGACAUAGUUACAACCCUGUAGCGCAGAACGGCAACUGA